UGCCAAUAUCUUGAUCUGGAGGAGACAAUUUUGAGUUAGGAAAGGUUCUGUGAGCAGACUACGCCAUGAGUACGAGCGUGCAGGCAUCAGACCGCAAGGAGCGGCAGUUUACGGGGACUUCGAAUGCCUCCAUGAGGACUAAUCUCAACGACAAGUUGACCAAGCUGCACGUCAAGCAUCAGGCUGAAAUAGACUUUCUUGAAGACAUGAGGAGUUUCUCGAAGCAGAGGUCUACCAUAGAGAGAGAGUACUCUCAGAACCUCCUGAGACUGGUCCAGCAGUUCCUCGCCAAGAGAGACAUCAAGGACCCUCCCGGUAUCUCCUCCAUGGACCGCUCCGAAAACAGAGGGCUGAUGGAGAUAUGGAAGAUGCUGCUGCAGAAGACGGAGGAGGCCGCGAGGGCCAGAAUGAACGUCUCGGAGAUGCUCCUCUCUCAGGUCUCAGAGGAGAUGAGGCAGCAGAAGAGGAUCAAAGAACAGAGCUUUAAGAGACUGAUAGAGUCGGCACAAAAGAUGAACAGUGAGAUCCUGGAGUCUGUGAAGGAGCUGGUCACAUGUAAGAAAACGUAUGGCGACCAUGCAAAGGUGUGUGCCGAUGCACGUCAGAAGUUCACGGAGGCCGAGACAAGGAUUCGAAAGGGCGACAGAAAGCUGUUCGAAUCGACGCAGUCUCUGGAAAAGACUUACAACAAGUUUGCAGAGAGACUGAAGCAGUGUCAGAUGAAGACGACGGUCGCCAGAAACGACUAUCUGCUUGCCAUCACCACGACCAAUGCUCACCUCUAUAAACACGGCUCAGAAGACCUUCCCGCCCUCAUGAGGGCAAUGGAUGGCGAGAUGUACGAAAAAUCUCGCCACGUCUACAUGCUCUAUGCCCAGAUCGAGGCCGACGCUGCCAACCUGGUCAAGGCCCAAUUUGAAGACCUCCGAGAACAGUCCUACAUGGUGAACAGAGACUAUGUGGUGGAGUGUUUCUUCCACAAGAACCCAGUCCUCAGAGACAGAGUGGAGUACAGAUUUGAAGCUCACGACAAAGACUCCGUGAUUUCGCUGAGCAAAGAUCACGGGGCGGAGAUAUAUCUGGAGAAAGAUGCUCGGAAGUGGGCGAUGCGGCUGGCGAAACACCAGGAGAGCAUUGAAGUAUUCCAGAAACAAAUCAAGGGUGUCAAAUCAGUCACUUCGGCCUACACCAAGAACCCAGAAUUUGGUACGAGUGAAGCGUUUUCGGAGGCGCAGCAGAAGAUAGCUGAGAUGGAGGAGAGCAUCAGAGAGGUGGCUGUGAAGGUCACCAGAGCCGAGGCCAGACUGGCAGCUCUGCGAGAGGUGGGGAUCGACGUGGGUCGAUGGAUCGAGAAGGCACAGGAGAAAGUGAGGGGAGAGCGACCCACCUCUGAUAUAUCAGCUGGGGACCGGCCAGUGUCCAGUCUGCUGUCGGUGACUCAGGACCUCGGAGCCUCCGAGGAGUGGCUGGAGACGUCGUCCAUGAGUUCUCGCUCGGGGUUCGAGGACGGAAUGAGUAUUGGGUCUGCUCGCAGCGAGGCCGGCCCUAAACACUGCGUCGCUCUCUACGACUACACAGCCCAGAGACCAGAUGAACUGUCCAUCAAAACAGACGAGGAGCUGGAGGUAUUGGAAUGGGACGACGGAGAUGGGUGGAGCAAGGGGCGGAACCAGAGUGGGUUGGAGGGGUACUUCCCACAGACCUACGUCCGUGCUGUGUCUCCCUCCUCCUCACCUCGCUCGUCCUCCAUCCAGCAGGUCCAGCUGAUGAUUAACUCUCAUCUCACUGGCCCGCUCCAAGACCUGGGGUCAGAGGUCAGUCGUACAUACAUGAUUGAAAUUAAUUUUAAGAGGGUCCAUGGACAAAAACAGUUAGGAGUCCCAAGGACCCGGCAGUAGCAAGACACUAUAAUACACAAGGCCUUCUAAUACAAGCUGAUGUACAAGCUACAGUACUAACAUACGUUUACUCUGUGUAUUACGUUGUAUACACCAACUCAGAGUCUGCACCAGGACGUGGAGAUCCUCAAUGGGACAGGUCUCAGUAAUGGAGACACCGACACCCUUACCCACAUCCCUUCCACAAACAGAGAAGUUACAGGAGUCACCAUGUUGAGGGCACUCUACGAGUACACAGGUGACGACGAGGAUGAACUGACGUUCCCCGAGGGGGCGGAGCUUGAGCUGAUCAACACGGACGAGGGUGUGGACGACGGGUUCUGGAGGGGGAGGUACCAGGGGAGAGAGGGAAUGUUCCCUGCUGUAGUGGUUGAGAUCAUAUCCAAUGGAAUGAAUCACUCUUCAUCGUUCUGUGAGUCUUUGACGCCAAUUCUAGACUCCACCCUCGUCUCCGCCUCCCCAUUUACCUCCCCCUCCCCCUCCUCCAUGGGACCCUCACCAGUCACCCUCCACGACACCACACCCAUUACAAGCUCCACCCAUUACACCUUGUCCAAGCUCCACCCGACGUCGGUGCAGCUCAACUCGGCACCGAGGGUCAGAGUUCAGCCAAACACCCCAGAGGGCGAACUGGAAAGAACGUGGAGAAAUGACAGUUUUGAAGAGUAUGACGAUGAGGAAGAUGAAGCCUCAUAUGUGUAGUGGCCCCCACCCACCUUUACUAGGGAUCAGUGAACAUUUCACUAGUUGCAACGUCAGCGAUUUUGUUUUGUUUGUGUGUGUACAUCAGGUUUCUGUACAUCUGCAUUGUCGCACUUAAUUUGUGUAUGUUGACAUUAUUUUCACCAGAUCAUCACAGAGGUUCAGAUUAAUGUAUAAUGCAUUAUUAUUAUCACUCAGAUUUUGUCAGUUUAAAAUCAUUUCUCUUAUUGUUCACCUUUGUUCUGCAUUGUACAAAGCUGUUCGGUUUCAAAGUUAUAGUGAUUCGUGCUUUAGCGCAG